ACGGGGUUUCCCAAAACGAACACACAGGGCAGCGUGGCCAGACAGGACGCACAAAUUACAAUGGCUAACUCAACACCAUUGCAGAGCAGGAAUACACUCCUGGAAUGUAUCGCGCACAUGUAUCUAACUAAAUUAGGCGCGGACGUUAGAUUUGUUUUUGACGGCAGCAAGGUGGCAGCCCACAAGUUCAUCCUUAUCAGCAGAAGUAGUGUGUUCGAAGCCAUGUUUACUCGCCCAUUGUCAGACCAGGAGGAGAAAGACGAGAAGGAUAUAGAAAUUACGGAUGUGUCUAAGGACACCUUCAACGUAUUCCUGAGAUACCUGUAUACGGACAAUAUCGAAAUCAACAUGGAUAAUGUUGCAGACAUUCUUAAAGUGGCCGACAAAUACAUGGUAGAGAUAUUAAUACACAAAUGCCAUGUCUAUAUCGAACAGCAUCUCGAUCCCGACAACGUUUGUCGUAUGCGAGAGCGAUACCAUAGCUUCCCAAACGAAAAGUUGCUAGCAGAAUGUCGACGUGUUGAAGAGGAAUCUGCUUGUGCUGUUCUUAAAUCAGCGGGCUUCGCAGAACGAUGCAGGGAAUGCGCUCAUGAGUUGAUUUCUUCUGACUAUCUUCCUGUAGAUGAACAUUUGAUUUUCGAGACGGUGAUUCGAUGGGCACAAGCAGAGUGUAGAAAACAUCAUAUUGCGGUGACCGAUGAAAACAUACGUACAUCUGCUGGAAAUCUCUUUCAUUGUGUCAGAUUUCCUGUCAUGAAUUCUGACUACUUUUGUAAAACAGUUUUCAACAUGUCAGUUCUUAGCAACGACGAACUGGUAGAAUUACACAGAUAUAUCCAUAAGCAGGGUCCAUCGAUCCAUGGUCCACCAACGAUGGUACAGACAACACAGGAAGAACCAGUAUCCUGUUAUACUGGUUCUGUACUCUCUAGGAGAAGCAGCGCGAUACGACCAGCCAACGAACCAUGUACCGAGGGAUCUGAUAGUAGGGAUGAAGCUUAUCAGGAUUCGUUAUACAUGGCAAGUGAGACCACAAAUCAUCAUCUAAACGUCCGGGUAUGCGACUUCAGCUGCAAGCAUCGUGUAGGCUAUCGGAUGGGAAAGUAUAAACCUGUGUUUCGUCAGCAGUCACGCAGCGGUAGGGUCGGUAGCUCAAUCAUUGCCAUAAGUGAACAUGUCCAAAGUUCGUCUCUGGUAUAUCUUCAUGGAAUCACAACUGCUUUCACACCGGACCAAAUCAAUGUCAAAAUCAAUGAUGAAGAUAUCCGCAUUCAGCGAGCCGAUGAUGAUCCAAAAGUGGUACGGUUUCGGAAAAUCAUUGAAAUCGACCCCGAUAAGGUCUAUGUUAUAUAUGUAAGCGUGAACGGAUAUACAAGUAUUAUGAGGAACCAGCUAGAAAAUAGUUUAAGUUUCGAUGGUGUAACCAUUAACUUCACUAAUCAUGCCGAUAGCCAAAGUAACGGGUACGUGACGGGGUUGUUGUUAUCAAAAUAAAGAAAGGGAUUAACGCCUGUCCUUGUGACAUCAGUGUAUAAAAAAUAACUCGCCACAUUUAUUUUUAUCGCGAGAUUUGUCACGGAGCCGAGAACGAGGCUACAACAACGUACAAUACACAUUAACUACACGGAUGGCCGUUGUUUAAUAGUUCGAUAGUUCAAACGUUCCGAAGCGUCACAGGCUUUCAAUUGUUCGCACGUGACCGUGUAUUAGUCAUUUUAGCCGUGUAAUAGUUCAUAAUAUACCUUAUGCGUAUAGUUCAGGGAAAAAUGCAUUAUGUAAUACAAAAAAAUAUACAACUUAAUACUUAUUAUAAGAUAUAGCAAUACCAAUACAAGAAAACAUCGUUAAAAUAAGAUCGGUAAAGUUGACAAUGUACGAGGAAUACGGAAAAGGCUAACCAGCAAUCCAAUAGACGUCCGGCAAAAUCUGAAUUCGAGUCUGUUCCUUUUUCUUCUCUUGCCAAGUUCCAACGAAUCAAUUCUUCUCCUGAAGAAAUCCUGGGCUUUGCCGAUUCUAGUCCUCUUUACGUUUCUUUUUGGCAGAAUCUGUCUGCUUUUGGCAGGCAAAUGCUUUCGGCGUUCCGCCAUUGUUUAUUGUUGACUGAUUACCCACCCGUUGCAUCGUGGGACUAAUUUUAAUAGAAACGUUGUCCGUCGGACCUAGUUAUUAUUUUUGGGAAUUUCCCCUAUACUUUCAUAAAUACACAUUUUCCAUCAUUUUUUUGUUCGUGAUAAUUUGUUCGGUAUAUAUUAAGUCUGAAAUCUGUAAAGAGGUCAAAAUGUAAAUAUUUAUGUAUAUUUCUUUGGGAUUAUGUGACUUUAAGUAGAAUAUAUUCUAUCGUUCGCAUUUUAAAUAUUGUUAAGCCAUUUUUACCGUAACCUAGUCAAAUAUCCAGGUAUGCUGAUAAUUAACAAACUUCAAGACAUGUCCCUUUGGUAGUUGCGAUGAAAAAUAACUUCUCAGGAAUGGUAUGUCAAUCAU